GAGCGGGCGGCGGCCCCGGCCUGCGUCAGAGCUGUGCAAACACCGCGGCGGCGCCCGCCGCUAUUUAAGGGGACGAGGCUGAGUCGCCCCCAAGUUCCCUCCCUGCCUGGGCACACAACGGGCUUCGCUCCCUCCUCGGGAAGGCGCAGCGGAAAGCAAUGUACAGUGGUAUAUGCAUCUGCGUGUUCCUUGCUGUGCUCUCAGUGAGCUCUUUCGGACAGCAAACUGUGGGCUCGCACAAUGGGAAUCCACUGGCUGCUGAGCUCGAGCAGACCUUGACAGAACAUCAACGGCACAUCCGUGCCCCUUCGUCUACUGGCCCGCUGAAAUCUGUGCCGCGUCUGGAUGGAAGCGUUGACCAGAGAGCUAACAUCGGCGCUUUGUUGGCCAAGUAUCUCCAGCAAGCCAGAAAAGGUCCCACUGGAAGGGUCUCAGUUAUGGGAAACAGGGUACAGAGCAUUGAUCCUACGCACAGGAUAAAUGACAGAGACUACAUGGGCUGGAUGGAUUUUGGACGCCGCAGUGCUGAAGAAUACGAGUACUCCUCCUAAAGAACAGCAAACUAUAGCAACAGGAAAAAAAUAAAAAAUCACACUCCCAUGUCUGUACAGAAAGAGAAAAAUUAAUUUGUUGUCCUCUUCAAAUCAGUGUUUUAAAAUAUAUCAUGUAUUGGAUGUAAAUUUGUCUGUAAGACUAUUCAAUGCAAUAUAUACAUAUGCAGAAUUUUCCAGAAAAUGUUUUCUUUCUUUUGUGGUUUCUCAUACACUGAUAUUAAAAUGAUUUCACUUAUCCCUUCUUGUCCUGUCACCGCAUGUUGCUGGGUGUCUUACUGCAAAGAGAGGCAGGGAAGUGCCUUCAUCCUGCAAUGCAAAUGUGCUGAGUAGUCAGACAAAGGAGAUGCUUCUUGGAGAAUCUUGUGACAGUCCCAAUAGCUGUGAGCUCUGAGGGAUUUGUCCGAAUAAAAACACAACGGCACAGUACUGCCAGAAAAAGCCAGCUAUCUUCAUGGUGACCCCAUUUGUAAGGGACUGAGUUAUACACCACACCCUCGUGUUUGUCAUGAGUAGUCAACACUGCUAAAACUGAAAGAAACAGAGGAAUGACACCAACGUGUUUCACCU